GUUUCAGUUUCAUUCUUUCAUUCGGUCGGUGCGAAUCCAGAAGCAAGCAAGCAGUGAGCAGCGACGACGACGAAGGCCACAGGCAGACAACGUGCUCUUAUAUUUUCGGACCUCGAUUAUCUUUACUCUGACCGUGACCUGUUCCUCUCCCCCCUCGGAUUCUGUCUCCAGUCCGCACUAAUCAAUAUUUGCUUUUGAAAUGGCGGAUCCAGAAAAAGCUGAGCUUUCCAAUCUCCCUGCCGGUGAGGUUGAUGACGAGAUGGUCGAAGGUGAAGACGUGGCUGGCGAAGAUGAGGAUGUUGGCUUGGUCAUGGAGGACCUUCCACCAGAAGUUCAUCGACGAAUUAAUGCUCUUAAGAAGAACCAACUCGGAAUCACUAAAAUCGAAGCUCAAUUUUACAAGGAGAUGCACGAGCUGGAGUGUAAAUAUCUACCAAUGUAUAAACCAUUCUUUGAUAAGAGAACUUUGAUUAUAUCGGGACAACAUGAACCAACUGAUGAAGAGUGUGACCUCACGGAGAUUGGAAUUCAAAAUCUGGAUGACUCUUUGAAUAAAAUGAGCGUUGAUGACGAGAAAAAAGAGGCCAUUGUUGGAGUUCCUCAAUUUUGGAUCCAAAUAUUCCGAAAUGUCGAACUUCUCUCUGAUAUGGUUAAGGAAUACGAUCUCCCAAUUCUUAAAUCUCUUAAUGAUAUUCAAGUAGAAAUGAUGCCUGAACCAAUGGGAUUUAAACUCCACUUUCACUUUUCACCCAAUGAAUAUUUCUCCAACACCAUACUUACCAAAACCUACUUCUUGAAAAGCGAUCUCGAUAUGGAGGAUCCGUUUGCGUUUGAGGGUCCCGAAAUCGUGAAGUGCAACGGAUGUACCAUUGAUUGGGCCAAAGGUAAAAAUGUGACUGUCAAAACCAUUCGUAAGAAACAGAAACAUAAGCAGAGAGGCAGCAUUCGAACUGUUAGCAAGACUGUCGAAGUACCUUCCUUCUUUAACUUUUUCACUCCACCUCAAAUUCCCGACGAUGGCGAAGGUGAGAUGGACGAAGAAACACAGGUAAAACUUACAAAUGAUUUCGAAGUGGGACAGUAUAUUCGUGAGAGCAUUGUCCCACGGGCAAUUUUGUACUAUACUGGAGAAGCGUUAGCAGAUGAAGAGGAUGAUGAAUACGAUGAAGAGGAGGAAGAGGAAGAGGAAGAAGAAGACGGUGACGAAGAUGAAGAUGGUGGGGGUGGUGCAGGUCGGCCCAAAAAAAGUCGUGGCAAGCGAGAUGCAGCAAAACCUCAAGAGUGUAAGCAGCAGUAAUUCCUAUCACACAUCCUUCUAUAAACAAUUGUAUUAAAUAUAUUAAUAAAAAAUGGUCAUCUUACAAAUUUCAUGUUAUAUUAAACAAAUGCUGAAAACAAAAUUUUUGUCAAUUCUGUAAUAUCUGAUUGUACUAAUCUGAAAUACAUGAUGCUUUGAUCAAUACAAAGUGGA